AUGAAUAACAGUAAGUCUCUAUCACCGUUUGAUUAUCAAGAUCAAAAUCAAAGAAGAAAUUUUACAACGACUACAUAUUAUACUCGUUCUCUGGAACAAUUAUCGUCAGUGUCGACUCUCGAAGAUUAUAAAGUUACUGCUAUUCUUAGUAUAUCACUUUUCAUAUUUUUAUUAUCAAUUCUAAGUAUUCUUCUUAUAUUAAAACAUGUACAAAAAGAAAAUACAAAAAUACAACGAACACGAGCUAUUAUUAGAAGACGUUGUACACCAAAACCAAGUAGUUCUGAUGAUCCAGAUGGUACAUUACUCGAACAAAAUAAUAAAAUUCGUAUUGUUUCAAAUCCUUUUUUAAGUAAAUUAUAUUCAAGCAAUCCACUUCUCGCACAAAAAAAUGAAACAAAUAAUAGUUAUGAAUUAAAAGAUCUCAAUUUAAACAAUAUGCCACUUCGUCGCGUAGAAUUACCUGAUCAUAAAUUAUCCCGACAGACUACUAUUCAUAUUCUUGAUGAAUAA